GUUCAUUUGGACGGCACACCUCAAGAAAAGCAUUAAAAUUACGUAAGAACAAUAAGGAAGAUGAAAUUUAUUUUGUAUAUGUAUAUUGUAGGUUUAUAUUCCUGUAUUGAAAUAUAGAAUUUAAAAAUGAAACUUUCAAUUAAUUGGAAGAAACUCAAAUGAGGAGAUUGCAGACUAGCAGUAAAUUAUGUCUCCCUUGAAUAAUUCAAUUUUCAUAUUGUGAAAUUUAAUAGUAUGUGAAUAAUGGAAUUUUUAUAUUCGAACAAGCCCUAGGCUUAAAUUAAGACGAAGAAGAAGAAGAACAAAGAUACAAAUUAACAAUAGAAUUGUCAUCCAUAUUGCUGAAAGCAUAGAAUAUCUUGUAUAUAAUGAUUUUUAAAAUUAUUAUCAUAUGUAUAGCAUUAUUAUGACCGAACUAGUUACCAACAUUUGACUUGUCUUCCUUUUAAUUCAAUUUUUGAUAUCAAUGAUAUUCUCUUUCAACUUUAAUUCACAGGUAUACCAGGUGAUUUUUCUGAAUUGAAUCAGUCGAAAAACUCAUGGAAAAAUGUUACGAUAAAAAAUUUAUGGUUUCGAAGGGGAAAUCCACUUAUGCUUUAAUUUCCUUCAUUUCUCUCACCCUUGAGGGGGGGGAAGAGGGGCAAACUUUAAUAUAACAUGCGCAGUACAAUUUUUGAAACAAAACAAUCCUACUUUCUCUUAAUGAGAAAUAAAUGGAUAUACAUUCUCCAUAAUGGUUAGAAAUUCAGUGUUGUUUGUAAUCUUGCCCUGACUAGUGUUGUUAUUUAUAUAUUUGUUGAAUCUUCUUUGUGCUUGAGACAAUGUCGUUUAAUAACCAGAGUUCCGACAUGAUCCCAAUACAAGUUGAAUAUGCAGAAUAUAAACGGAAGAAAGAAUAUUUGAAGAGAAUAGUGAGACUCACGACAUCAAAGAUGCAGGAUGACGAAAGUGAUGUGGAGAGCGGCUCAAUGAGCUACAGAAUCCAUUACAAAAUCUACAUAGAGGCUCUGGAGCAAUUAUUAGGCAAGGAAGUAGUUGAGAGAAAAAUAAAAGAUAAGGAGGAAAGAGAAAAGAGAGAGAAAGAAGAAAAGAAAAUUGAAGAAAGAACCUGGACCGAAAAGUUAGCAAUUUUCAAAGCUAUGAACAGAGCUUCUUGCUAUAAGCAACUCUUGGAUCAAGUAAUUAUCGGACAAGAAAGUAUAAAAGAUGCAAAUUUGUUAAUGGCGAACCUCUGUAGCCAGGACAAACAAAGAAAUACACAUAGACAUUUAGAAUUCACUCCUACUGUACCAAAAAGGGCUUUGUAAACUGAU